UCCUUGUCCGAGAGAGCGAGAGAGAGAGGCUGUUUACGAAGAAAACAGAUCUUGCUUUGACAAGAAGAAGGGCUCGUCUGCAGAGAGGAGAGCAGUUUGACUGAAUUAUUCAGCAUAGGCUCUUCCACAACAAAAUAUAUUGUUAUUUUUAAAUAACCCAUCUAUUUCCUUUCGUGCACUGAUCAUUUUUCGUUUUUAUUCAUCCUGUCGACGGAAUGUUUUUCUCGCUGCACUUUGUUUUGCUAAGCAUUGCUUUAGCGGACAGAACACCCAAUGCUGAAGACUGCAUCAAAUCCAACGGUGUAGAGUACAGAGGGGAGCAACAGAGGUCCUACACAGGACUAACCUGUCUGAACUGGACCAACACAACCCGGGACUAUGAUGUUAUGGCGUAUAGAGAUUCACAAAUGGGUAUUGGGGAACAUAACUACUGCCGUAACCCAGACUCAUCUGAGAAGCCCUGGUGCUACGUGACUGGCCCAGAUGCUGAGGCACAGAGACAGUCAUGUGCCAUUGACACCUGCAAAGACGAAGCCCCUACAGAGGCAGAAGCAGGCCCCCUCACCACAGCACAGACAGAGAUCUUUGAGCCGGCCAAGUCUGGGCUUGCCCAGGGAGGGGGUAAUGCGGUCCAGCCAGUCAUGGGCAUCAUCCAGAGGGUACGCACAGGACCCAAGAAGAAGAAGGACCUGGGCACUCUUGGCUAUGUGGUUGGCAUCCUCAUGAUGUCCAUUAUCAUCCUCCUCGGGGUGGGCAUCACCUUCGGAUACUUCUACAAGAGAGGUCGGGACCUGAAGCAGCAGCAUGACCAGCGUGUGUAUGAGCGGGAGAUGCAGAGGAUCACCCUGCCCCUGUCGGCCUUCUCCAACCCAACCUGUGAGUUGCUGGAUGAAAACACCAUCGUCAUCACGGCCGAGAAGCAGACCCCCACCCAGGAUGGUAUGGUAGGGGAGGGGGGAGACCCCCUGAUGGGCCAUCAGGCUGGUACACCAGGAGCCUGAGCACUGACCACCCCACUGGACUGGGAAUGGACCAUGACAUUUGAACCUCAGAGGAUCAAAACACUCCCCUAGCCUGACCUCCCUCUGCCCCCAAAUCACCCCCCUGUUAAAGGCCUACAAGGAGAAGGGAUGAGCUCCAAAGACUGAACUGUGUCCUUAUUGCCCUGCUUAUAACACACACACACACACACACACACACACACACGUGUCACAAAAAGGGAAAGAAUACGACACAACAUGUGGAGGAGGACUAAUUUCACUCCAUGUGUAGACCAUCUGGUGAUGGUUGUGUACAAAUGUGAAUGUCAGGGAUGCUCAUUGAGAAAUAGUGCAUUUAAUAUCUAAGAAAACAUUAUCAUGGGCUGACCCCCUGCUAUAGCAAUGGGAUGUGUAUCAAUCAACGUUAAUGAGAGAGGGUGAUUUUAUGAGCUUUGGAAUUCAUAGCCUUUUCUGCUUUCUUUUUCAUAUUGAAGUGCGGCAGUUGGGUGUUAAGGGCUUACCAGAGAAAACAAUGCUACUCACGUCCCCUGACCCUUUGGCUGUGCUAGGUCAGGUAUGGGAGUGCAUCUAGUAUACAGUAGAUGUAUAGGAUAGCCCUGUUAGACAUCUGUGUUUUUCUGUCUGAAAGAGAGUGUUGGAACAGAUGUGUGGAGUAAUGAAUUAGCUUCAGAGAAAAUUCAUAUUAGGUCUAAAUCAGAUCUGUAAAAGAAAAGGCAACAUCUCCCACUCGCUGACGCUGUGGCGUUGCCUUAGCAUGAUGCAUCUGAAUGUAUUGCAUGGUUCCCCCGGUGACCUUUCUGUUUAACUCAUCUGAAUGUAUUGCAUGGUUCCCCCGGUGACCUUUCUGUUUAACUCAUCUGAAGUCUGUGCGACAAGAAGCCAAUAUACAGUAACUACAAACAUCAGCCAUUCGUUGGCUUUACAUGAGACGGACUGUAUCGUUCCUCAGGUUAAGGAGUGACGGGAAAAGGGAAACCUCUUUUGAAAAUCGAAGAGACAGUUUGUUCUCAGGUCAAAAUGCAGCAGCACUGGCGUGAAACAGAACACCGCUCAGUCUGCUGUCUGGCUAGAACCAGACAGAUCCUGUUGAAUGAUCUGGACAGAACAGAACAGUCUUUUGUUAAGGGUUGACGCCUGUGACAUUAGAUUGAAUUUAGACCAUUGAAUUAUGUGUCCCAAAUGUUUGGGCAAGCAGUGGAGCGAAGUAAAAGAGUGUAAAGAGGCUAUAUAAGUACAAACCUUUUGAGGUAACCUAGCCUAUUAGAUAUGUACAGGAUGGUUUAACUGCUUAAUAAGUAGUCUGUCACAUUUUGAAAUAGGAUGCUGAAAGUAAUGCCACAGAGUUGGUUAGAAAAUGUAACGUAUCAUCGGAGUCAUUGAUUUCAGCACAAUCUCUUUUGUUGGGAUGAAAUGUAAUAUCUUUCUGCUUUACAUGGUUGCUCUAUUGUUCUGCUAAUGCAACCUUGCAUCACUCCAAAAUGGUAUUUUGUGAUGAGACUAUGAAAAUCAUUCUGCAUCACUGGUUACUUCUCAAUCCUUGUGGUUCCUUAAUUUUAGUGCAAUGUUUUGUAAAUAUCAUUUUCUUCACUUUUGCAAUGCAUCAAAGUACUGUUGCUCCUCAUUGGAGGUUAGUACUUGUAUUUGUAUGUUUGGCAGAUUUUUACUGCUGCGACUGAAAUAAAACUGAUUUUUGAAAAAGA